CAAAGAUCCCCUCUCGGUGGAAGGGAGUUCAAGGGACAUCACGAGAGUGUGAGGCGAGGCUCGGGCGCUAGCUAGUAUCUUCCAACACAGCUGACUGAAGUAAAUCGAGUCUACCCGUACGGGCGUUCUCACUACAUCAUGGCUUCCAACGACAAGAAGACUCCAACUGCUCCCCGCUAUGCCGACGGCGCUGCCUAUUUCGACAUGGGCGAACACACGCUGCGUGUCCCCAUGACACUGCACGCCGAAAACCGCCAGCGCAUCUGCAAGAGGGUGGCAGCUCGCGACGUCCCUCCAGGGAGUGUGAUCCUUCUGCAGGGUGGAGACGACGUCAACCGACAUUCUUCGGAUGUAUCCCACGUCUUCCGACAGGAAUCUUACUUCCAUUGGGCUUUCGGCGUCCUCGAACCAGGUUGGUUCGGAGCCACUGAUGUUGAUAGCGGUCGCACUGUCCUUUUCUGCCCCCGUCUUCCAGAGGAGUACGCCACUUGGAUGGGCCACAUCACCCGUCCGGAUGAAUACCGCAGCCAGUACCAGGUGGAUGAGGUCCGCUAUGUCGACGAGAUGCCAGAAGUGCUGCGAGGUAUGACCAGGGGAUCCCUGUUGACGCUGCGUGGUACGAACACCGAUAGUGGACUCAUUACCAGAGAGGCAGCAUUUGAUGGAAUCAGCCAAUUCCGUGUUGACAACAGUAUUUUGCAUGACGAGCUGGCGGAAUGUCGUGUAACUAAGAGCAAAGGUGAAUUGGAAAUCUUACGAUUUGCUGCAAAUGUAUCGGCUGCUGCACACCGAGAAAUUAUGCGAAAAGCUCGUCCUGGAAUGAAAGAAUAUCAGUUAGAAGCUGUCUUCCAACAUCAUACUUACUACCAUGGGGGUUGUAGGCACCAAGCUUAUACAAACAUUUGUGGCUCAGGAUGUAAUGGGGCUAUACUCCAUUAUGGCCAUGCUGGAGCACCCAAUUCAAAGACAGUUGAAGAUGGGGAUAUGUGCUUGUUUGAUUUAGGAGCUGAGUACUACUGUUACACAAGUGAUAUAACAUGCUCUUUCCCAGCUAAUGGAAAGUUUACUGAAGAUCAGAAAGCUAUAUACAAUGCAGUAUAUGCUGCAUCACGUGCUGUGAUGGCUGCUGUUCGACCAGGUGUUUCUUGGGUUGAAAUGCAUCGCCUUUCAUACCGUGUAAUGUUGACCAAACUUAAAGAAGCAGGUAUUAUCCAGGGAGAUGUGGAAGAUAUGAUGAAGGUUAAUCUUGGAUCAGUGUUCCAGCCCCAUGGUUUGGGUCAUUUAAUGGGAUUAGAUGUGCAUGAUGUUGGUGGGUACUUAGAAGGAAAUCCAGCCCGCCCAACUGAAGCUGGCUUCCGCUCACUGAGGACAGCCAGACUUUUGGAAGAAAAUAUGGUUCUUACAAUAGAACCUGGAUGUUACUUCAUUGAUCACCUGCUAAAUCAGGCCUUGAACAACCCAGAACAAGCUAGAUUUUUAGUGCCAGAGGUGAUCCAACGUUUCCGUGGUUUUGGAGGCGUGAGAAUUGAGGAUGAUAUUGUAGUGACUGCAACUGGCAUGGAAGAUUUAUCAGGAGGCACUAUUCCAAGGACGGUGGAGGAAAUUGAAGCACUAAUGGCAGAAGGACGGCAGACAGAAGUGUUUAUUCCUCAGCUUCAUGCUCAAUCAAAGUUGGCCAAUUAACAGCAGAUUGUAUUCUUUCUUGUCAGUAGAAGAGUUUUGGAGUUGAAAUAGGAAAGCUUCAGUAUUGAAAGUUAUUUUUUUUUUAUGGACCAAAUAGUACUUUACAUUCAGUUAAAAUUUACAGUCCUGAAACAUUUGUAAAGUUUUUGACCAAUGAAUUGCCAAAUUAAUUAGUUAUUGGGAUUACAUAUUUUACACUUGCAAAUAUGGGAUUACAUAUUUUACACUUGCAAAUAUAUUUGCCUAAGUCAACUCUGAAUAAUACCAGUUACAUAAACUUGCCUUGAUUUUUAAAGUUUUAUAUUGUUGGGUACAAGUUUAAUACUUUUCUUGUGGUUGUUAUAUUUUUCAGCUGUUUUUAUUGUUGGGUUUUAAUGUGAUUUUGGAAUAGUAUAGCCAAAUUUCUGUAUAAUCCAGUUCAUAACUGAGGGUGCUAACAUUUUGUAAAUGAACAAACUUAUUGACAUUUCAUAUUGUUCAUAAAUCUAACAAUAGUAAUCUGGGAAAAUAAAAUAUAAAAAGUACAAUGGAUUUUCGUAUAAAAAUAGUCUAAAAGUAGUAAAGUCUCUGUUUGCAGUGAGCCUUUCUGUUACUGCUGUAAGCUUUAGAAACUGGUAUUUAGAUAACAACUUCAAUGACUUAACUGUGUUUGAAAUGUAAGAGCAGUUGUAUCAGGAUAACUAAAAUGUCCCACAAAUUGUUUUUUACUGUUACUGACCAAACAGUACUUUACAAUCAGUUAAAAUUUACAGUCCUGAAACACUUGUAAAGUUUUUGACCAAUGAAUUGCCAGAUUAAUUAGUUAUUGGGUUUACAUGUAUUUUAGGCUUGCAAAUAUAUUUGCCUAAGUUAACUCUGAAUAUUACCAGUUACAUAAACUUGUCUUGUUUUUUAAAGUUUUAUAUUGUUGGGUACAAGUUUAAUACUUUUCUUGUGGUUGUUAUAUUUUUCAGCUGUUUUUAUUGUUGGGUUUUAAUGUGAUUUUGGAAUAGUAUAGCCAAAUUUCUGUAUAAUCCAGUUCAUAACUGAGGGUGCUAACAUUUUGUAAAUGAACAAACUUAUUGACAUUUCAUAUUGUUCAUAAGUCUAACAAAGUAAUCUGGGAAAAUAAAAUAUAAAAAGUACAA